GAAGGUCAGGGUGCACAGGCUAACCCCUGCAACCCACCGCUGCGAAAGGCCUCCUGUCCCAGGGAGUUUGAAAAUGCGGGUCGUGAAAGGACAUUUCUGAUCAUUCUCUUUCAAGGACGCAAUCGAGCCCAAAGGAAAAGCGCAGUUUCUUCGAGGACAUUCCUGGAGAUUUUAGAAACAUUUCUACCAUGGAAUCCAUCUCUAUGAUGGGAAGCCCCAAGAGCCUGGAGACUUUUUUGCCUAAUGGCAUAAAUGGUAUCAAAGACGCAAGGAAGGUCACUGUAGGCGUGAUAGGAAGUGGGGAUUUUGCCAAGUCUCUUACCAUUCGGCUUAUUAGGUGUGGCUAUCAUGUGGUCAUAGGAAGCAGAAAUCCUAAAUUUGCAUCUGAUUUUUUUCCUCAUGUGGUGGAUGUCACCCACCAUGAAGAUGCUUUAACAAAAACAAAUAUAAUAUUUGUGGCUAUCCAUAGAGAACACUACACCUCCCUAUGGGACCUGAGACAUCUGCUUGUGGGCAAAAUCCUGAUUGAUGUGAGCAACAACAUGAGGGUAAACCAGUACCCAGAAUCCAAUGCAGAGUAUCUGGCCUCACUAUUCCCGGAUUCCUUGAUUGUGAAAGGAUUUAAUGUUAUCUCAGCUUGGGCACUUCAGUUAGGUCCCAAGGAUGCCAGCCGCCAGGUUUAUAUAUGCAGCAACAAUAUCCAAGCUCGACAACAGGUUAUUGAACUUGCCCGUCAGUUGAAUUUUAUUCCUGUUGACUUGGGAUCCUUAUCAUCAGCCAAGGAGAUUGAAAAUUUACCCUUGCGACUAUUUACUCUCUGGAGAGGGCCAGUGGUAGUAGCCAUAAGCUUGGCCAUAUUUUUCUUUCUCUAUUCCUUUGUCAGAGAUGUGAUACAUCCAUAUGCCAGAAACCAGCAGAGUGACUUUUACAAGAUUCCUAUUGAGAUUGUGAACAAGACCUUGCCUAUAGUUGGUAUUACUUUGCUGUCCCUGGUAUACUUGGCAGGCCUCUUGGCAGCUGCGUAUCAGCUUUAUUAUGGCACCAAGUACCGCAAAUUCCCACCUUGGUUGGAUACCUGGUUACAGUGCAGGAAACAGCUGGGAUUGCUGGGCUUUUUCUUUGCUGUUGUCCAUGUUGCCUACAGUCUCUGCUUACCGAUGAGAAGGUCAGAAAGAUACUUGUUUCUCAACAUGGCUUAUCAGCAGGUUCAUGCAAAUAUUGAAAAUGCAUGGAAUGAGGAAGAGGUUUGGAGAAUCGAAAUGUACAUCUCCUUUGGCAUCAUGAGCCUGGGCUUACUGUCGCUGCUGGCAGUCACUUCAAUCCCUUCCGUGAGCAAUGCUUUAAACUGGAGGGAAUUCAGCUUUAUUCAGUCUACGCUUGGCUACGUGGCACUGCUCAUAAGUACUUUCCACGUGUUAAUUUAUGGAUGGAAACGCGCUUUUGCAGAAGAGUACUACCGCUUUUAUACACCGCCCAACUUCGUCCUUGCACUUGUUUUGCCCUCAAUUGUAAUUCUGGGUAAGAUGAUUUUACUCCUCCCAUGCAUAAGCCGAAAGCUGAAAAGAAUUAAAAAGGGCUGGGAAAAGAGCCAGUUUCUAGAAGAAAGCCUGGGAGGGACCGUUCCUCAUCUGUCCCCAGAGAGGGUCACAGUGAUGUGAUAAAAAGGGGUGCUUGCUCACUGAUGCCAGACACACUUCCGUCCAUGUCCAUCUCGUUACCUCUCCGCCCACAUCUCCUGGAAGUGGAGUGUCUGUCAAUCUUCUGUAGUGUGAAACCAGGCCCUGAAGUUUCAGCUGAAACCAUGAUAGCAUUUUCUUCAAGUUAAGUCUUAUAAAUGUCAUAUUUUGCCAACAUGGAAUUUUGCAGCCCACAUGUCUUGUUAUAAUCUAGGAGUAUUUUCUUGUGUGUAACUGUAACAGUACUGUCAUUUUAACUAUAUUACAUAAUCAGGCAGCACUUUUUGUAGCUGAUAAUGUAGAAUGUUUAGAACACUUGGCAAAACAGCAGAAUUGGAAGCUUUUAAUGUUACUCAGUGGAUAGAUGUUUUCCCUGAGGCUAAGGAUUUUAAUUAUUUUACCCAGUUUAAGAAAGGGAAAUGAAUAAUUAAUAUUAUUGAGGAGGGACACGUCAUAUUAGCACCUAGACUGCACAGGAGCAAUCUUCUGCUUUCAUAAAAUGGGACUGGAAAAUGCCAUUAAUUAUACAAAGCAGUGUGAGUGUGAGCACACACAAAUGAAAGAGGAACCUGAAAUUGUAUUUAAAAUGCACUGGAGACAUGAAAUGAAUACUGCUAAUGCACAACUCAUGAGAGCUCUAUUGUCUUAUGUUACAGAUCAGUUUCAUUUUCAUAUUAAUAUCAAUCAGGGAAAGAGCUUAGGGACUUGCUCUCUCAAGCUGUUAUUUUGAAUAUAGUACCAACCCCAGGAGUUGUAGAACUGCCCUUAAUUGCAGUGAAAGUGUCAGGUU